UCGAUGAUCGGCCCCCACCAGAAAAAAGCUGAAACUUUUUCUGGGGUAGGGGUUGUGAUAGUUUUUCCCAAACUUUUUCUUUCCCAUUCUUCGAUUUUGAUGAGGUUUUAGGCGAUUUGGUCUCAAAAUUGGAUUCUAUUAAACUUCAACAUGGUGCAGGGCCGGGAACAUCCCAAAAUGGCCCACAAGGAUCUGCCGCAGGCUUUACUGCUCUUGAGUGAAAUGAACGUGUCCGCCCAACAUGUGGCUUCAUUAGUCGACAACAUGAUCCAAAAGGUUAGGAAUGGUGAAUUAUCAACAGACCAGGGUCUCAGUUUUCUUGAAGUCAAAUACAACAUGCUGCUCAGCUAUUUAAUCAACCUCACCUACGUGGUGUUGCGUAAAUGUUCGGGGGAGCCAAUCGAGGGCCACCCUUGCAUCGAUAGAUUAAUCGAAAUACGCACUGUGUUGGAGAAAAUGCGCCCCAUUGAUCACAAGUUGAAGUAUCAAAUUGAUAAGCUAGUGAAAAAUGCAGUGACUGGAACCAGUAGUGAUGAUCCAUCCACGUUUAAGGCCAACCCUUUGAAUCUUGCCACUCAGGAGGGCUACGAAAACUCAGAUAGUGAAAGCAGCGAUGAAAGUGAAAACGGGAAAACUGAAAAGACUAAAACGGGGAUCUAUGUACCUCCAAAGUUGUCUGCAGUUCAUUAUACAGAAACGGACUCUGCCCAAAAGAAAGCGAAACGCUUACAGGAAAAGAACAGAAAAAUGAUGUCCUCGUCCAUCAUGCACGAUAUUAUGGAUGAAUAUCUGGAUACACCAACUGAGGUGUCUCAUGAGGGAAGCAUGAACAGAGCUGCUAUAUCAAAGGAGCAGAAGGAACGUGAGGAGUAUGAGGAAGAGUAUUUUACCAGGUUGCCUUUGAGUAAGGCGGAGGCCAAAAAGAGCCACAGCACUAUAGGUACACUAGGAGAUGAAUUGACAAACUUCAGUGCUGGCGGUAGCCGCAAGAGGAAACAGAAGGCUUAUAAGUCCAAAGGGAAAAAUGUUAAAAGGAAAAGGUUCCAUUAAGCUUAUUUUGCCUUUGAAGUUCGGUCUCAGGCAAUCGUUGGUGAACAGGGUGUUAUAAAAAUACUCCUAUAAAUAUAAAGUGAACUAUUCGAGCAGUGUUCUUUGGAAAGUUGUAAAAAUUUCAACAAAAUAUUGAAACACUGAUUAAAUUUAGACAAAGCAAAAUUUGGAAUCCCAAAACGUAUUGUGUGCUCUGGUAGUUGUUCGUUGUUAAAAUAUCAUUCAUAGAUCUGCAAUAAGCAUUUCUAUAUUAGACUGACAAAUAUUUUUCUACCAUGUUAAUGAGUAUUCGUUUAUUACGUUGUUUAGUUAAGUUUCAAUUUGUCACUAUUUCAUUGCCUUAACCGUACACUCUUAAUCAAAGCUGGUCAUUGAUUGGUGGUUUUAAUAACUCGUAUUGCCAUUUACUGAUGAAAUCAGGGUCAUUAUCAGCUUCAUAGAACCACAUUUUACCACAAAACGCAAGGUGGGUUAGUUUGAAUUAGUGCCUCAGUUCAACUAAAGCUUUUCAGUAAUCUGCAUACUAAGUAAGUGGCUUUAGUUGAUAGAAAGUAUCUAUUGCUCCAAUCAAACUAACCCCGGUUUUUUAUAACAUGGAACACAGUGCCUAAAGUUAUAUCUGAACUUUGUUAUUAAUGAAAUCAUAGGUUACACCAUUAUUCGCUGAUAGUCCUGUUGGUGUUAAUAGGGCGAAGGCUUGCGCCAUCAGAUUUUCUUUUCGUAAGUUGUUUGUUUAUUGGUUUACACUGUUUUUAUUGUUAGUCUUGUUAAUUUUCUGUGAAAACGGUAUUUAAUUUGUCAGUAGCUAGGAUUACUCAAAACGAUUAGCAUUUAAUAUUUACAAUAAGCUGCUGAGGUCAAAAACGCGAAGCUCAAAAUUGUCGACUGUACGAAUUUCUUUAUGGUUAAUGUAAUAUUGCAUUUAGUGAAGUAGAUUGAUUUUUAUAUGAGCAAAGUCAUUGAUUUAAAUACAUUUAUUUUUAGUUUA